CUUUUCCUAACAAAUCUCCUUCUCCUUCCCUAUCCACCACACGAAUUUUAUUAGGGAAAAAGUGUUUUUAUCACUCCCUCACUCUCCUCCGUCCUCUUUGUCUUCCUCUUUAUGCAUGAGCGCUGUGAACAAAAUAUGGACAGCUGGGCCACUGAUCUUCGUAUCCUUAAACUAUCAAUUCUAGUCCUCUUCACCGCUUGUCUAGUUGCAGUUAAGGCUUCCGCAACAGCAUCUAGGAGUAAUGGAGAGUAUAAACCCGUAGGGCCAACUGAGUAUCGCCUUCUUCAACCUGAUUUAGGCAAGGAUGAUGGUGCACGGCGAAGGCUUGCCCCUUUCCAGCUGUGCUUGCUGUGCAAGUGUUGCAGCGCCACCGCUGCCUCCACCUGUACUUCAAUGCCUUGCUGCUUUGGCAUCGAUUGCCAGCUUCCCAACAAGCCCUUUGGCGUUUGUGCUUUUGUACCCAAGACUUGCAACUGUAAUUCCUGUGCUGCCUAAUGCCUACCCCUCUUCCACAAUACUCAAUUCCUUCACUACUUACCUGCUUUAAUUCUAUUGUUGUCAACUGUGUAUUAGUUGUACCAAUGAUGAUGUAAAGAAACAAACAUCACCAGCAUCUGCUCAUUAGAAGCUGAUUUUAUUGGAUCUUUUCACACAAAGUAAUUCUAGUGGAGGAUGGUUAUGAUCAAA